UAGAGGGUCGUGAUGCCUUAGUGAGUACUAUCAUUCUGCCCCGACAGUCACCACCACUGCUAUACCAUCGCUGCUACUAUGGCCGUCGCCGGAACGUACCUCCUGAGCUCCAACGUACAGUACUCUGAAUGGCUGAGCAGUCUCGGUAUCCCAGCUGACAGCGUCGCCAAGAUGGUUGCCGCUAAGCCUAAGGUGGAGAUAACUCAGAGUGGCAAUGACUUGGUGGUUAAGACAACGGUGGGGGAGAAGAACUUCACCAACACCAUCACCGUCGGCAAGGAGUCCAAGGCUACACUCCCAGGCGGCGUCGAGUACACUAUGAACCUGACGCUGACGGGGUCAACGCUCAAGGGCACUUGGAGUAUGGGAGGCAAGAGUGGCGACGCCUCGGUCAAGUUCACUGCUUCUGGAGCCACCCAGUCGAUGACUUUAGGAGACAUCACCGCCAAGAGGGUGUACACCCGCCAAUAAUGGACCUGAGGCUCACUCAAAUCACUUCCGUCUUCUCAAGACGAUAUCCAGUAUCUUCACAAUCAUCAACUCCAAAAUACCUGCUUCACUUGUACUCUUCAAAAUUAGAUAGGAGGAUUUGAAAAUAAAGCUAAAGAAACGUAACGCCGAAAUCGCCGUCAUGUUCACUUUCUCAUAAUCUUGUUUUCAUCAAUUACAGGUAUAGGAAAUGAUUUAUUAAAUAAAAGCAAAAUCCUCAAA